GAUCCCUCAAUGCAUCACAACUCAGAUAUAGAUGUCCAUUCACUGGUUUCUCUGUUAGCAAGGAUUUUUAUAUACCCAAAUGGCGCGCGGUUCAGCGUCUAAAUCCGCCUCUAUUCGUGUAAUCAUACAGUAGUAAGGGUAGGAUGGGGGAUCUGCCUGUCCCGAGUACCAAUCUAUAUUGACUUGAACCUGUUGGUAAAUUGGGUGAAAAUUUCCGUGACACUGGCGGGCCUAGGCGGUGCAUUCUCAAUUAUUCAUUGGAAAAAGCUUGUAUUCCUAACUUCAGCCAAGUGAUGUCAAUUUCAGAAGUCCUCCCUGUUUUGCAACCCCCUACCCUACCUCCAAAAAGCGUCGUCAAAGCCGCAUCAGUUAGCCGGGCCAGGCCUCCGCCGCGAUGGGGAGAAAGCCAAUACAUUAAUUAGCCUACAACACUGGUAACGUAUGCUAUCUGUGCAACGCAUGGAUCCGGCGGUUUACUUUUGUCGAUAACUGGGAGAAUCAAAAAAAAUAAAAACUUGAUUCCAACCAUGUUUGGCAGGCGAUCAUCGGAUUGCGCCUCAAAAAUCUCCCAUCAACAAUAAGCAAGGCUUAAAAAGACUUCCAGCUAUGUAUGCUUCAACUGCGCCUCCACGCGCGUCCUUCACAGCGUCCAAAGUUUACCAUGACUUGUUGUUUCAACUCUUGGGAAAAGGCCCUAACUAAUGUGUUUGCCAAUGUGGCGGCCUGCCAAACCCCACCAUCUGCCACCAUCUGCCACCAUCUGCCCCCAUCUGCCACCAUUAUUGCACGCAGUAUCGAGGACGGAAGAAUGGGGCUUCCAUCGCAUUCUCGCAUCGUGUUCAAGAAUAUGACACAGUAUUUUGCCCUAAAGCCAGGCGCGCGCGAGCUUCCGAUUGCUUCAAGGAGUCGUGUUCCACGCAUUGUGGAUUGUGGAUUCCCAGUUCCAUCCCCUUUUGCAUUGCCAUCUAUGGAAUCCGUAUUGGAAACAGCGGUAGGUAAGCGGCGAGGUGGCUAAGUGGGCGACUCACCGUAAAUCACCACUACUAGUUACCACUACGUUACUCAUGGAUGCCUUCUUCGUGUCUCCCUCUCUCUCCAGCCAGCCAGCGGGAAAAGACGACUCUAGCAUGAUGAAUAAGGGGGACUGAACGCCACGCUUGAAUCACCAAUGGAUCAGUAACCUCACUUUCCUGUCCUUUCUUUUCAUUUUCACACUUUUGUUUCUUUCUUUUUCGUUUUUCUUAUUUUAUUUCAUCGUAUUAUUUUAUUGGUCAACAAGAAGAAGAGACAAAGCAAGAGAUGGGGCUUCGCAACCGCUGGGAGGGACGAUCUUUCACUAAGAUGCUGAUCUUGCAAGAGCGUCGACGCCCCAUCUCACCUAAAGUUCUCAUAGGUUGGUCUAACGCUCUAUUUUAACACUGGGGGGGGAGGGGGGGGUGAAGGUUUUCCGCUUGCUUCCAACGAGGGGGAAGUUUAUAUGGGCCCUUACUGGACCUCUGGAAGCCAUCAAAAGUCCGCGCCAUCAUCAUAGGCGCGGAACAGAAGCCAGGAACGAUACCAUCACUGCUUCAACGCGUGACAAGUAUCGCAUAGGCAUAGUAGUGGUGCUGAUUUGUAGAACUAGAAGACUUGCAGGGGUGUUCUAUGUGAAUAUCUUCGGCGGGAGGGUUCCGUGGUAGGUAGGGUAGGGUUGGAAACAAAAAUCCUCUGGAAUAAUAAUAAUAAGAGGCUAAAACGACUCACACCAAAAGAAUACGCUAGAACUAUUCUUUUUGUUUUCUUUUUUGGGGCUUAUUUUCAUUCUUUUAUAGUCAGCGGGACGGCAGCCUUUGGCCUAACUACGCAAGUAAGUCGACCGCGUCAACCCUUGCAUGUAACACAACAUAUCUCCAUAACGCAGCGUACUGCGUACUGCGUAGUGUGAUUGAUCAUUUGGGCCAUUGUUUUCCUCCCGGGAAUCCUGGUUAUGUGUUCAGUAUCGGUCGGAGUCCCCCGCCACACAACCCCCAAUUUCUCACACAUAACUUGUUGCGCUCGGCCUCAUGCAUGGUCGAAGCAAAUAAUAAUAAUAAUACGGAGUCCCGAAGAAACUCUAUUUCUUUUUUACUGUCAACAAUGAACAAAUCCCGAGUGGAAACCAAAGCUUGCCUCCAAGUAUGUAUGUUAACCUGGAGAUGACCACUGGCGUUUCCCUUUGGCUUCCUCAACUCACUCCCCAAACCAUGACCAACGACCGAUAUAAUUUUGGCCUGGACUCGGCCUCCUCCUCCACGGAGACACACCAUCCCAUCGUCGUUCAAAGAGAAUAAUGAAAACUGUUCUGUCACAACUACUCCGUACGCUGCGUAUGGUAUGAAGCCUUCAAAAAGUGGGGUUUUUACGGUGCGAUCGGCACCAGUGAACUCCCAUCAUUAUUAGGAUAUUGUUACCCUUGUACUCCGUAACGCUGCUAGAUCAGGACGCUGUUUGGUCAGAUUCCAACUAGUUACAAGAACCCUUUCUUUUUUUUUGUUUUUUUU